AUGCCAACCUCGAGGCCCUCCAGAUAUCCUGAACCCUUUGUCAUCAACAAUCAGAUCCCCCCUCAUAAACAGACAUUCAUCAUUCUACACGACCGCGGCUCGAGUGCAACCGCCUUUGGUCCCGCGAUACUUUUCAGGCCUUUGCCGCCUUUCAAUCGAUCUGGAUAUGCUGCUCACAGUCAGCACCAGUAUUGGUCGACACAAUCUACAACUUUGUAUAUGGCAUUCCCACAUGCAAAAUUUGUCUUUCCGACAGCCUCAAUGUUGCGCGCAACGGCCUUUACUGAAAGUGUCAUUAACCAGUGGCUGGACGAGGAAACGCGGAGAUGGCGCGCCGAGCUGCCAAUCCCGGGUCUCCGUGAUACUGUGCGAUACAUGCAUGGACUGAUCCAGAAGGAAAUCGACAUUCUGGACGGUGAUGCCGCUGGUGUGGUCGUUGGAGGGAUGAGUCAAGGAUGCGCCGCAGCACUAAUCUCGGCAUUGCUGUGGGAAGGAGAUCCACUAGGAGGAUGCAUUGGGCUGUGUGGAUGGCUACCUUUUGCCGAAGAGAUCAUGGAUGCAACCCAGCCCGACAAAGAAGACGAAAACGAAGCACCAACACGGUUCAAAGAGGGCAUCAAUCGCUUACGAGAGAAACUCGACGUACCGGCCUCCUCAGAGAGAGGCCAAGAUACGGCAUACAGCAUGCCAGACAAUACGCCCCUAUUCAUCGCCCACGGCAUCGAAGACAAAACAGUCCCGGUCACUUUCGGCCGACAAAUGGUCGACAGUCUAAAAUCGCUUGGCUGGAGUAACGAUAACAUACAAUGGAAGGAAUACCCGGGUCUGGUGCAUAAUUAUUCCGAGGGCAUGUUGAGCGAUAUGGUGAAGUUCUUGUCGGAGCGGCUUGUAUGAUAUGAUAUGCAUCUUUUGUGGCUGCCCAAUUCAACUUUGGGGUGUUUCGGUGGUUAAGCAAAUUUCUCAGUUUUAGGUCAUCUGUUCAGUUUCAAUACCCAUUGAUAUGUGGUCAUUUCCCAAGAGUCGUCGGAUGAGCCUGUUGACCCUGAUUGUGAUUAGUAUUGCUGCAUGCAUCACUCU